UUGUACGAAAUGAUGAAUCAUGUCUUCGUGAUAUGAUAAAUUGUGUGUGUGGCUUUGUUUCUGACGCCGGAUUUCGAGGCAGAGUGAUUUAUGUACAAAUAUGUCAUGCUCUCAUUUCCACUGGAUAUUCAAAGGUUGACUUUGAAAAAUAUUUUUUAAAUGGUUUGGAAAAACUUUCUUUAGAUAAUGUAGUGAAUGUUAGAAUUGCAUUAGGGAGACUUGUUGGAGAACUUGGCCAGCUAGAGCAAUAUUAUCAAGAUUCGACAACUCAUCCCUCUCAAAUAACUUCCUUAAUAAAUAAACUUGCUGGGGAUUCAGAAGUCGAUCUCAUGGAUGUCUCAGAAGAUAACGACAGCAAUAGUGGUGAAGACCAAUCGUCUCUUUUUAAUGAAAACAUAGCUCAUGAUCUAUUAGAAUUUGAAACAGAAAAGGGAAUAGUAAAAGACCCUACUAGUUUAACAUUUGGUAUAAGUGGUGAAGAUCAUACUUUGGGAAACGCUUUACGAUAUGUAAUCACAUUAAAUCCUGAAGUAGAAUAUUGUGGAUAUUCUAUUCCACAUCCAUCAGAAGAUAAACUCAAUAUCCGUAUUCAAACUACCG